UGCCGUGAUGAUCUGAGACUGACAAGUCAGUUCAAAGCUGAUUCAAACACAUUUACCGGUGUAAUCUGGGAAUAACGUGGUGAAAAUAAUGCCUUAUUAUCAAAUUUGGGAGGACUUUGCUCGCGCAGCCGAAAAACUGUAUUUGACGGAUCCCAUGAAGGUCAGAGUGGUUCUCAAGUACAGACACUGUGACGGUAACCUCUGCAUCAAAGUCACCGACAAUGCAAUGUGUUUACAGUACAAGACGGACCAGGCCCAGGACGUGAAGAAGAUCGAAAAGCUUCACGGAAAACUGAUGAGACUCAUGGUGUCCAAGGAGACGCACAGCAGUGCCAUGGAGACAGACUAAAAUGUAUCGUGUUCUGAUUUCUGGAGCAUCUGGACCGGGUUGGGCAGAGACGGCAGUCGUUGACAGUCCUGAAUGAUUAGUGUGUGAUGAGAAAUCUGAAAGAUGUUAGUUGUUAAAAGGGAAUGUCGUGAUCUGGUUUGCCAGAACGUUAGUAAUACUGUCAGAAUAAGUGCUCUCAGUAUAUACUGUAUAUAUUAUGUUCUGAAGAUUACCGUAUGUUUAUAUACUUUUUCUAUCAGUUCAAAUGCCAUUAUGCCACUUUUCAGGCAUUUGAAGCAACACCUCUGAUCCUACUCAUAUAAAGUAAGCUCAGUGUGGGCUGAUGGAAAGUGUCUGAACCUAGAAAUGUUGGAAAAGUAAGAGAUGGGUUGGUGGGACAAAUGCAUUGUUUUGUCACGUGAGAUUUUGGGGGAAGUUAGUUAUUAGAUACUCAUUUUUAAAUUGUGACAUUCUAUACUUUUUUUGUUAAUUACAGAUUUGUGCUACCCAAAACAAAUGCUAUAAAUACAAUUUCAGUAAAAUGAAAAUAAUUUGUCCAAUAAAAGAAUUUCCUUGUGUA